UAAAAAUGACUUUUGUGACCGGUCUCAAUUUAGUCUCAUCAGUUGCAGGAUAUACUCUGAGAAAAUAUCCAAUAUUUGAGCGAAAUGUCGCCCCCAGAUGUCUAAGCAGUAACCUGCUUUAUUUUUCUAAAGUCACGUGAUUUCGGGGAAAAGGAGCGUCUGCCUGCUCUGCGGGAGGCGGGCGAACAGCCUCUGGAUUUUCCAGUCAAAGUACAGUACUAUGCGCUCAUAAUCCGCUCUAUUGAAGAAUCCGAGGAAACGCAACCUAAGCUAUGGCAUCUGGGAGAGUUCGCUCAACCCGCAGACUACGCUCCUGGAUGGUAGACCAGGUCACCAGUGGGAAGUACCCUGGCCUGAUAUGGGACGAUGACGCCAAGACCAUGUUUCGUAUCCCCUGGAAACACGCCGGGAAACAGGACUUCCGCAGUGAAGAGGAUGGUGCCAUCUUCAAGGCAUGGGCGGUGUUUAAGGGGAAGUUGUCCGAUGGGGGUCGUGUGGACCCUGCCUCCUGGAAGACCCGGCUGCGCUGUGCUCUCAAUAAGAGCCCGGAGUUCAGAGAGGUCCCCGAGAGGUCCCAGCUAGACAUCUCCGAACCAUACAAAGUUUACUGCCUUGUACCGAUGAAUGAACAAGUGUUGGGGAAUGUUAAAUUAAAGGGUCGAGCCAGAGCAGGAGGGAGGAAGAGAAGGAGCAGCGAUUCAGAUAGCGAGGAGGAGGUGAAGGAGGAGGAGGUUGUGGUCAAACAGAUGAAAGAGGAGGUCAUCACCGCUCCAAUCACCAUGUCUGUUCAGGAGGUUGAGGAAAGUGUUCUUACCAUCCAACAAGACCAGUUCGAUCAGCCCUUGGUCAUCCUGAAGAGCGAUGGGACGGUCGAUGAGCUCCAGGUGAACGUCACGAUUGAGACCGUCCCUCCCCCUGGAGCACGGGACUCGUUCCAUGUCUUAGUGAAAUACAUAGGACAGGAGGUGCUUAAACGUGAGGUCAUAGGCAGCGAUGUCCGAAUCGCCUACCUGCCCUCAUCGCCUGUCCCCCCCACCCUGAUGAUGGGUGGGUUCCCACGCAUCCCCCUCCCAGAGUCCCCCUCCACCCUGACCUCCAGCCCUGGCAUCGGGCCUCGGCUCCAGGCCCUCUCCACACUGCUGCCCUUCAUGGAGAAAGGGGUGAUCCUGACCUCCACGGGGGCAGGGAUCUAUGCUAAGCGCUACUGCCAGGGCCGGGUGUUCUGGACAGGGCCACAUUCAACCACGACGGGACCCCACAAGAUGAACCGUGCUGUGGAGCCCGUGCUGCUCUUUGACAGAGAGGCUUUCAAAAUGGAGCUGGACCACUUCCGCAGUUACGGGGGAGACCCUCCUCAGUGUGGCAUCACCUUGUGUUUCGGAGAGGAGUUCAGUGCCACAGAGGACCCAUCCAGCAAACUCAUCAUCACACAGAUAACCCUACCCUGGGCUCAGCAGCAGGUCAAAGAAGCUGAAGACUUCCGGGAGUCAAUGACCUACCUCCGCGACAUAGCCAGCCAAUCAGGAGAUGUCACCAUCAACCUGGUACCAGUGCCUUACCCCUGAGCAUCCAAUCACAGAACAUCUCGUAUAAAUUACGAGACAUUUUUUUUUAAGCACUAUCUGAUCUGAUACCAAGGGCUCAAUUCAAUCCGUGUCGUAGAAAUUCAGCACUAUAGCGCAAUUUAAAGGCAAUGUUCUCGCGUCCGCGGAGACUGCAUUCAUGGUAAACGCUGCAUAAGUCGGCUCAGUCGGAAAUUAGUUUUACAUUUCAAAUCACACUGAACAUCCAUGAUACGGAUUUAACGGAGUCCCAAGCCUUCUCAGACAUGAACCACUAGACUGAAUAGCACUACAUGGAAGGGAGACAUCACUUUGGUUUAGCCUUUAAGAUUGCCCUUUACCAACCCAAUCACCUGGUGUUAUACUAUUGGUCCAAAUUAUAUCCAACUCAUUUUGGCUGUGUUUACACAGGCAGCCCAAUUCUGAUCUUUUUCUACUGACCAAUCAGAUCAGCUUUGAAAAAGAUCUGAUGUGAAAAGAGAUGAUGUGAUUGGUCAAAAGACCAAUUAGUGGAAAAACAUAUCACAAUUGGGCCUUUUUAUAGGGAGUCAGAGACUUUUACUCCUUAUUGCUGUCUUUAUGAAUGGUGACUGUGGCACUGCUUCAGAUACCUUUCGGGGUCCUCCUCAUGUUGUUUACAUAGUCUGUGAUAGCGUAACUGUUGACGAAGCUGUUGUAAGUAGUGUAUGAGAUUCUCCCAAAACAGGCUCAUAAGCCAUAGUAGGCCGAAGUUCAGUUAUUUGAUCAUCACCAUGUCAAUUGUUCGAGGCAGGAAACCAACUUGUCUGUCUGCGAUUUUGGUUUCUGAAAGUGGUAAUGCUUGUUCAGCACAUUUAUAUUGAGAAAAAACAAUAUUUGUAUACUUUAUCUCUUCGUCAUAUAGAAAUGAAUCCGGGGGGGGGGGGGGGCUCCUUUCUCUUAUGAACCGAUGUUUAUAUGAACAUAAUAUCACAUGAAUACUUUAAAUAGUUUGUAGAUGUAGUUUAAUGAGUUGAUAAGCUUACACACUCUGAAAGCAGUGGGUCAGGAUGUACAUAAUGUUGUGAUGCCAUUGGCAGCCAUUGAACUAUGAGCAGGGCUUUGUUAAUGGUUGUAAGUGGGUUAACAACAUGACUGCUGGGUUUGACACAAGGCACACUCUGGACUGAGAACGUUGUUAGGUGGAAGACUGCACAGAUCUGUCAAUAUUUCAGUUAUUUAUGCAUGUUUUGUAAUGUCAGUGUUCUGCCUGACUGUAUUAAAAAUGUAUUUCAUAUUUUGAAAUUA